AUGUCUGCAUCUCACGCUUCCGCCACCACUGACUCCCUCUUCCUAGCCUCGGAGGCCAAAACCCCUUCUGAGGCCAUAUCAAUCCUCUACGGCGUGCUCGAGGACCCAUCAUCCUCCCCCGAGGCCCUGCGCAUCAAAGAACAAGCCAUCAACAACCUUGCAGACCUCCUCAGGCAGGAAGGCCGGGCCCACGACCUCCAGAGCCUCCUGACCAAGCUCCGGCCUUUCUUCUCCCUCAUCCCCAAGGCCAAGACGGCCAAGAUCGUCCGCGUCAUAAUCGAUGCCGUGGCCAAAAUCCCCGGCACAUCCGACCUCCAAAUCUCCCUCUGCAAGGAGAUCGUCCAAUGGACUCGUGCCGAAAAACGGACCUUUCUCCGCCAGAGGAUCGAGGCCCGACUAGCGGCCCUCCUCCGAAAAACGGACUCUGUGUGUUGUGGGAUUUUGGAGAACUUUUGA